AUGAGCACUAAGCUCGAUCUCAAUCUCAUAGUUUGUAGUGUGCAAUCUGGUCCUCGUGUUCGAUACCCGUUUACUACUUCUGACCUGUGCACUUGCAGAAUCAGGGAUAGGAAAAGGGAAGACCUGAUCCCGCGAUCAAUACCUCCGCUUUGCACUCAUCAACCUCGUCCUGCGGAAGUCCGACGACGACAAGAUCGAUCAUCUCGGCAAAUACGGCUUCAGCUGGGAAGGACCGUACCGCAUUGCACAAGUUAUCAAGCCGGGAGUCUAUCAGCUCGAAGACAACCUCGGCAGCACGUCCGAAUGCCUAUGGAGCUCAACGGACCUGCGCAAGUUCCAUAA